AUGAGUACGAAAGGCUCGGUUUUGAUCACUGGAUGCAGCGACGGAGGUAUUGGCUCUGGCCUUGCACUUGUUUUUCAGCAACGAGGAUAUCAUGUGUUUGCAACAGCCCGCAAUCCCGGAAAAAUGGCAGCUCUUCGGAAUCUUCCCAAUGUUACAUUGCUUACGUUGGACGUGACCAAUAAAAGUGAUAUUCAGGCCACAAAGGAUUUGGUCGAUGAAGAAACUGGGGGUACUCUAUCCUAUCUCAUCAAUAAUGCCGGCCGCAAUCACUUUAUGCCUCUCUUGGAUGAUGAUGUUGAUAUCGCUAAACGAAUUUUCGAUAUCAAUGUCUGGGGGCCACUAACAGUGACGCAAGCUUUUGCGCCUCUUCUUAUCAAGUCCCAGGGUAUGCUGGUUAACAUUACUUCCAUCGCGGGACAUGGACCUGUGCCUACAAUGGGCUCGUACAGUGCCUCCAAGCGCUCCCUGGAGAUUAUGUCCGAAGUCCUUCGGCUUGAGCUCACCCCAUUCAAUGUGAAAGUCCUGUCUGUCGUGACAGGUGCGGUCUCGACGAAUGGGCAGACUUAUCUCCAGGACUGGACACUUCCUGCGAAUUCAUUAUACAAGCCAGUCGAAGAAACUCUUGCCCAUACAGCGAGAGGAACCGACGGAAUUCCACGAAUGCCUCUGAUGGAAUAUGCCACUAAGGUCGUCGAUGGUAUUCUACAGGGUGAAACUAGGAGAAUAUGGGUAGGAGCACACGCUGAAAUGGCUAAAAAUACACCUUCUGAGGGAGAGAUGGCUGAUAAAAGGGAUCAGUUCAUCCUUGAAUCGAUGACUCUGAACACUCUCUGA